AUGAUGCAGAAAUGUGCUCUUUCGCCACACAGGGAGAUCAGGGUCAAGCGGGACCACCCGGGCCUCCAGGGCCACCUGGCCCUCCUGGACCAAGAGGCCCUCCUGGGGACACCGGAAAGGAUGGACCCAGAGGGUGAUCCAGGGCAGUUGGGAGAAACAGGACCCAUGGGGCCUGAGGGGCCACAAGGGCCAACGGGGUUUCUUGGGCCUCCAGGUGUUCCAGGUGUUGACGGACUGAAGGGGGAUGUUGGCAUCCCAGGACUGGACGGUAUUCCAGGGUCCAAGGGUGAAAAGGGAGACAUGGGUGAAAAGGGCGAUAUGGGAGAAGACGGACCCAAAGGUGACAUGGGGGAGAAGGGUGAUGCUGGCUCCUCUGCAGCAGGUAUCAAGGGCGAACCUGGAGAGCCUGGUCGAAGUGGAGUAAAGGGAGAACCAGGACUACCAGGGCUGCCUGGACUCCCAGGAAUAAAGGGCGAGCCUGGGUUUUUGGGCCCCCAGGGAGAACCGGGGCUUCCAGGACUCCCGGGAACUAAGGGGGAGAAAGGCGACCACGGACCACCUGGGAAAGGUGAACGAGGGGAAAUCGGACCUGUCGGGUCAAAGGGUUCACAAGGAGAAGCUGGUCUGCCUGGUUCCAAAGGGUCAAAGGGGGAGACUGGAGAUAAAGGAGACCUGGGAUCUGUUGGCCCAAGGGGCCCGCCUGGGCAGAAAGGAGACCGAGGAGCGACUGAAAUCAUCGACUACAAUGGAAACAUCGAAGAGGCCUUACAGAAGAUAACCACCAUUACAGUGACGGGUCCUCCUGGUCCACCUGGACCGAUGGGACCACAGGGAAUAAAGGGGGAUCGUGGUUUGCCUGGUCUCCCUGGGCUCGAUGGAGAAAGAGGCUAUAAAGGUUCCAAGGGAGACAUGGGAAUGCCAGGGGCCUCUGGGGAGAAAGGAACCACUGGUUUACCAGGCUUACCCGGUGUCAAUGGGGCAAAAGGAGAUAAAGGAGAUGCAGGACUACCUGGCCCACAAGGUCCAUCUUUUGUCUCUAAUGUUGCUACCCUCAUGUGA